GCUCGGUAUAUUCCAAAUACUUCAUUUAUAAAUCCUCUCAUGAGUCACUCUAUCUGAUAAAUAAUAAAUAUUAGCAUUAACAUAUGUACAGGAAGCCUUUGAGGACUGACCCGUUAUAAAGGUUUCGAUGGGUCGUCACCUACUAGAUUUUUCCAUGUCACUGACUGCACAUCCAAAAGGACAAGGCUCUUUAUAACGACCAACCUGAAUCAGCAGUUCCUUUUGUGUGAUAAACAAUCCCACCAAGACUACAAUCCCACCGAGACUACAAUCCCACCGAGACUACGAUCUUACCGAGACUAUCAUCACCACUAGUCACAUCUCCACGAUCUAAAACAACAGAAUGUCCGAAUUGUAUCGCCUAGAUCAGCCAAAUUGUGAAGUUGUGCGCUGGGCCGAGCGCUUAAAACAGAUCCUCACGCAAAAACACAACCCCAUCACCCAGUCCGAGACCCAAAGCGGCUUCCACCCACUCAAGUACAAUAUCGUUCUUGAAAGAAGGAUUUUCGAAGAUAAGAGCCCUUAUGAGGUCUGUAAAAUUGUGCACCACGAUUACAAUGAAAUCAUUAUUGUCGUCGGUUGCAGUAAAACGCCUAACACCAAGCUCCCCACAUCUGUGUGGUUGGACGCAAGAGCGCACGAAUUGUGUGCUGAGACUGACUCGAGAUUGCCGUCUGAUAAAGGUCUCUAUGUUGCAAAGGUGUGGCUGGGUCACGUACACUUUUUCAGGGCUGUGCGUUCAUAUGGUGGUUGUUAUGCUAUGCAUCCCAUUGUCAAGGGAGACAGAUGGCUACUGGAUGGAGAUACCGAUUUGGUCUAUGAUAUCUUGAAUGAGAUCAGAGCGCAGUUUGGCUUCCCUCCACUUCAUGAGCCUUUUGUGCAGCUGAGCUCGUUGGAGAACUAUCAAGUUCUUGCGGAGACCUCCAGGAUCAUGUCUGAGUCUGACCCGAAGGUUGAUUAUCGUGAUUGGUUCACUGAUACCGAUUAUGAGGGAAAUACUGUGGUUGAUAAUCAGGUGUAAAAGGAGCACUGAAGCAAGCCGCCAGCGACAAUUCUAGAGUGUUGAUAUGAUUUUGUUUUGUGAUCAGUGUGAUUUGUCUCUUGGUCGACGAUUGUGGCUUGUACUUCUGGUUAUUCCUUUGCCCUGGAACCACUAUUACUUUUAGUGCAG